AAUGAAAAAAAGGACUCGACGUUCAUUCCAAUGUCACGUACAUCGCACGUGACUUUCCACGCCCAAAUUUAUUCUUUUCGUGCAUGCCCCGUUAUAAAAACCGUUUUGAUUCCCACUUCAAACGAACAAAAUCCCCAAAUUCUCUCAAUUCGACGGUUCCUACGCAUAACCGGAUCGCCCUUCUCCCUCCCUUCUUCCUUCCUUCACGAGCCUAUUCGAGAAAAUUGGGUUUACAAUUGAACUCGCCGCUUCGAGCUCGGCCAUGUCCGUCCGCUUCAAAUUCAGAAGCUCGGCCCACUACGACUCGGUCGACAUUGGAGGGCUGCCUUCGAUUUCGGUUCGUGAUCUCAAAUCCAGAAUCGUCCAAAACAAGAAACUUAAUCUUUGCCUGGAUUUCGAUCUCCUCUUCUCUGAUCCUAUCUCCGGUCAAGAGCACGUGGACGAAGAUUUUCAAAUUCCUCGUGAUUCGAGUGUGAUCAUAAAGAGAGUUCCCGCGGGGGCACGCGUUAGCUUACACAAAAAAUUUGCUACAACAGAUACCAAUAUUCGCAAAACCUCUCACCCAGAGAAUGUGGAAACUGUAAACUUUGAUGACUUUGGGGCAGAAUUAUGCCCUGUACCUGAGGGGAACUUAUCUCGUAUUGAUCUUGAUAUGGAGAACAAAUUUUGUAUUGGCGAUGAGAAGACAAAUAUCAAAUUAAAAAGGUGGUCUGAGCAACCUGUGGUAGAAUGUCACAAAUUUGAAGUGAGUGACAUCAGUGAGGCCAUUCCACUAGGUCUGAAUGCAUCAGAGACAAAAUCAAAACCUGACAUUGAACUGAAUACUAAACUGUCUGAAGUGGUAAUUCGCAGUUUUCCAGCAAUGCAAACUACUGAUUUUCCCUCAGAGAUGAAAUGUUCUCUUUGCUACACAUUUUUUAAGGAGGCCGUUAUGAUACCCUGCUGCCAGCACAGUUUCUGUGAUAAAUGCAUUUGUCAUGUGCUGGUUGAGAAGGCUAGGUGUCCCAAAUGCUUUUCUACUAAAUGCAAAGUGGAAGAUUUGUUACCAAAUGUGUCACUGAGGCAAGCCAUUGAGCGUUUCCUGAAGUCGCAAAUUCUUAUUAAUGGUUUAGAAAAUGCUUUGCAUCGAUAUGCUCCAGAUGGAGAAUCAGGGAUUCAAGUGAAUGAUGUUUCUUGUGAUGUAUCUGUCCUUCAAAGAGGAGCAGAGUUGCCUCCUUCUCCCUGUGCAACAGGGAGGGGAUCCAAUCAGGUUCCUGUAGAAUCGAUGGGUGGCGUAGGUUCUCAUUUCAAUGGUAAUCAUUUGCUCAAAGACCAAAUCUCUAAAUUGCCUGUUCACAAGAUGUUGCAACUACCUGAGGACCUGGAAGGUUUUGCUGAUUUCCAGGGGGAAAACCAGCCCAUUAAUGAGGAAGCUGAAUUCAAUGUCAAGAAGAAGAGGGCAUUGUGGGUUAACACUGCAGAUGCAGAGAAGAGUUAUGUGGAGAAUGGAAGACUAAAAAAGGGGGACCGUGCCUGCUACAUGUGUGGUUCUCCUGGUCAUUUGAGGAGAGAUUGCCCAGCUGUUUCCAGUCCACAUCCUAUGCUUCAAAGAGGAAAUGCUAUGUUUCCAGGAGCAAUGCCUGGUUUUGUAUCAGUAGCACCCUACUGGAAUGGACCUCCCUUUCCCCAUAUAAUGCCAUUUGUAAACCCAUACGGCAACUCUGGGAUGAUGCCCUUCAAUUCAACAGUGAUUCCUGCUGCACCUUUUCCUGUUCCUACAUACAUGCCAACUAUGUUCAGUGCAUCACCUGCCUUUGGGGGAUUUACAAGGAUGGGAGGCAUAGCAGCUGCAACAAAAAAUAAUAUAGACCACCAACUAUUUCGUUCAAACUUGGAUGCUCAAGAUUAUGAUAAGAGACACCAGUUUACAAAUGAGAAUGUCAUGAGAAAACAUUUUUAUGGUGAGGAUGAUGUUAAGAGACCUCAAUAUGAUGAGGCAGAAAGAACAUGUGAUAAAAAAUUUAAUCAUGAGAAGGAAAGGAGUGCUAGCUACUCUGAAGACAGCUUCACAAAAAAGUCACUUAAGAAACAUUGGCAUCCACAUAACAUUGAUGACGAUAUUUAUUCUGACGAUGAAAGGCAUGAGAAAAGUUCUCAAGUUGUUGGUCAAAAUCCAAGGCCUUAUCAUCACUCCAAGAGAUCAAGGUCAGAAGUAGAUGAUAUGCCCGGUAGCCCCACCUGGCACUCUGAGGAGAGGCAUAGGCAUGGUCAUAGGAGCUCCAAAAAGCAUCGUGACCAUGACAGUGAUUCUAGUUGGACCCACUAUCCAACUAAUAAAGAGAAAGAUGUUAAAAGAACAGUUAAGCAUGAUUCUGAGAGACAGCAUCAGAAACAUUACAAUCACUCUGAAUCCAGUAUGGAACCAAACCAUUCCACUGACCAGAAAAAGAAAAGAAGAGAGAAAGAUUCCAGCCGAAGUUCCAGGCAUUCUGGGCAUAAAGCAAAAUCAGCAAUUGAUGAAUUGAGUCAUGGUAGGUGGCAGAUGGCCAGCAGGUCAGAUGAAGACAAUCAAGAGGACUAUCAAUAUUAUAGAAGGAAAAGGGUUUACUAAAACAAGCAACAAGUCUGAUUUUUGAGGUAAAUGUGUAUAUGAAGUUGCAUAUCAGAAAUUAGGUGAUAAAUAUGGUACUAAUUUCCUUGCAAGUGAAAAGAAGUUAAAUGUAUUAACUUGGUUUACUACUAGUUCUGUUUUAUUGCUUUUUAUCUGGUUAGGAUAUGGAUUUAGCACAUUGCACUGGAUGAACGCAGGGAUGUUUCGUAUCUAAUUUUGAUUCUCUGUUGGUUUUCUUGAUACAGAUCUAGUUGAGUGGUCGGCUUUUGGACAGUAGCUUCAUGGAUUAUUUUUAAGUAUCUUUCUACUAACCGUGUUUCCAUUUCUAGCUUGAGCUGUUGAGGCAAGCAGUAGGAAAGUUUUGACCAGGGGAGCAAUUGCCUAAAUUAUAUUUUAGGUUCGGAUGCUUUGUCCUUGCCCAAACAUUCAGAAAUUGAUGAAGCCAGGAAAGGUAUGUUUCCUUUUCCAAGAAAGAAAAAAAUAUUAAAAUAAGGAGAAAAAAGAGAACACACCUGAUGGCCAGUUAAUUUCUUUUCACCACUUUGCAUGUUUGCACCCUAUAUAGCAAAUUGAUAAAUACUACAUAAUUUAGCUAACAAAGGAGCCGAGGGGUUUUUUUUUUAAAGGAGUGGUUGUUUUGAUAAAUACUCAUGCUUGUGGCAGUGGGCUUUAUAUUUCGUUUUUGGGUUGUCCACGGCCCAUGGACAAUAUGUUGUUUUCUGUCAGAUUUAAUGCAGGUAGAGCUAGUCAAAACAUUUUGAAACAAUCCCCCUCCCUUUUAUUUUCUUUCUUUUCUUCUUGAAUCGGAGACUUUUUCUUUAAAAAAAAAAAUGGAGGGAGGUUUUUGGU